GAUCUAUUAUGAUCUAUGCUAACGUAAUUGUUUUUGGUGCUUGAUGGAAGCUUAAUUCCAUUUCUUCUUUUCUCUUUAAAUUUGGUCUCUGUUCCUGGGUUGUUACUUGUUACUGUUUUGGUAAUGGGUCUCUAUUGCUUUGCUCAUUUUGAAUUAUUCGUUUUGCGUUGAGACUGGCAGUAUAUGUAUCAUAUUGUGAUUUGUUUCUUCCUUUCAUGGGUUGACUUUACUUAGGCAUUUGUUAUAAACAUGGACCUACCAUGCUUCUCGCAGCUUCAGACAGAUGACUGUCAUUGUAACACAAGUUGAAUUUGCAGAAAUCUGAAGUAAAUUUAUAUCGUAACUUCUGGGAUUUUUUUUUGGGAACAUAGAAUAUGGCAAAGAAGAAGAAUCCAUUGGUUUUCAUGGACGUGUCCAUUGAUGGUGAUCCUUGUGAAAGGAUGGUUUUUGAGCUUUUCCCUGAUAUUGCUCCCAAGACUGCAGAAAAUUUCCGUGCCCUUUGUACAGGGGAGAAGGGAAUUGGUCCUAAAACUGGAAGGCCGUUGCACUACAAAGGGUCAUUUUUCCAUAGCAUUAUUAAGGGUUCCAUGGCUCAGGGUGGUGAUUUUGUUAAACGCGAUGGGUCUGGCGGGGAGAGCAUAUAUGGGGGAAAGUUUCCAGAUGAGACUACAAGGCUUAAGCAUGAUGGUCCUGGUCUUCUGUCAAUGUCAAUUGCUGAUCGUGACACUUUUGGUUCUCAUUUUAUUGUUAGCUUUAAGGCUAAUCAUCAUCUUGAUAGGAAGUAUGUAGUCUUUGGGAAGCUUGUGCAAGGAGAUGAAGUGCUGAAAAAGAUUGAAAGUGUAGGUGAUGAAGAAGGGAGGCCAUUGGUAACUGUAAAAAUAAUCAAUUGUGGUGAAUUUGAGGGUGUGGACAAGAAGAAAGUACAUAAACUGAAGACAGGAAAGGAUGCUUUAUCUGAUUCUGAUAGUCAUGAAGCACGUAAGAAGGGAAGGCACAAGAAAUUUUCAAGAGAUAGAAAGAAGAGGAGAAAAAGAUAUGAUUCGUCUGAGUCAGAGAGUUCAUCUGAUCCAGAUAUGGGAUCAUCUGAGUCUGAUAGUGAUUCUGACUCGUAUAUAUCCUCCUCUUCUGAGAUUAGUUCCUCAAGUGAUGACAGGCGCAAGAAAAGAAAAAGAUCUUCUAAAAGGGACAAGUAUAGACGUGGAAAAAGAAGAGAUAAACGGCGUGAAAAAAGGCGAAAGAGACGUGAUAAGAGAUCCAAACGUCGAUCAAGAAGGGUGUCAGAUAGCCUUACUGAUGGUGAUAGUGAGAGUGAAAGUGGAAGCAGCUCUGAUGAUGAUGCUCUUGAAGUCCAGGCAAAAGCUCGAAGGCGUAGAGACCCUUCUUUGAAAACUGUUGGGGAUCAGUCUCCUAUGGUUUUGGAGGAAGAAGAUGCUUCCCUUUCCCAUAAAAUAAGGGAAGAACAUGUUAUGCUUGAAAAGGAAGAAGGUGAAUCCCCCAAGGAAAAUGGAGGGCGGCGAAGCAAUGGCAUUGAGGCAGAUGCUACAUCUGACAGAAGUGAAGAUAGACUACCUGAUGUGGUAGAUGAUCAUCCAGGCAAAUCUAGGAGCCGAAGCUUAAGUCCCAAGAGGACCAUGAGUAAGAGUAUGAGUAUUAGUCCCAGAAAGAGUCUGAGCAAGAGCCCAAGUGUUAGUCCGAGGAGAAGUAUUAUGAGGAGGAGUCCUCCACGUAUCUCACAGAGGAGUUUCAGCAGAAGUCCUGCUAGAAGUGGUAGCAGCAGGAGUCCAGCUAGAAGUGUCAGCAGAAGUCCAGUGAGGGGAAGAAGGGCUAGAAGCAUUAGCAAGAGUCCUGUGAGAUCCCGUUCUCCAAGAAGCACAAGCAGGGGCCCUUUGAGAUCCCCUCCUCCAAGAAGCAGGAGCAGGAGCAGGAGCAGGAGCCCACCUAGAGCAUCAUCACGAAAAUCUAUUAGCAGAAGCCCACCUAGAGCAUCAUCACGAAAACCUAUUAGCAGAAGCCCUGUUAGAUCCUCUCGAAGAGGAUUUAGCAGAAGCCCUGUUAGGUCUUAUCGGAGAGGUGCAAGCAGAAGCCCAGUUAGAUCAUCUCGCAGAAGCAUUAGUAGAAGCUCGGGUAGGGUUCCUUCAAGGAGAAGUGCUAGUAGAAGUCCAAUUAGGGCUCCAACCAGGAACAAUCCACGGAGCUAUUCAAGGAGCCCUAGCCCCAUACAUAGGGUAAGAUCUCCUCCUGAUCGAAGAAGUUUGUCAAGAAGUGUCUCCCCUGAUGGGUCUCCCAAACGCAUCAGAAGAGGGCGUGGUUUUAGUCAACGUUACUCUUAUGCUCGGCGAUACAGAACGCCUUCUCCAGAUCGCUCUCCUGUUAGAUCAUAUCGAUAUAGCGGCAGAAGCAACCGUGACAGAUAUUCAAAUUACAGGAGGUAUUCACCUAGGCGGUAUAGAAGCCCACCAAGAGGAAGAACUCCUCCCAGAUACAGAGGCAGGAGAAGCAGAACAAGGAGCCCGUCGUUGUCACGAAGCCCUCGCUACCGUAAUCGUCGCUACAGUCCUAGUCGUAGCCCAGUUAAGAGUCUUUCCCCAGUUAAUGCACCUAGAUUUCGUGGCUCCCCACAGGCUGAGAGGUCUCCUCAUAGCCGGAGCCCAUCAGUAUCGCAGUCGUCAUUGGACUCCCAGUCUCCCAAACGAGUGAGCAGAGACAGAUCUAGGUCAUCAUCAGGAAGUCCUAAUGGAAAGAGGGGCCUGGUGUCUUAUGAAGAUGGUUCUCCUGAUUCUGGCCAAAGGUGAACAAGGGUGUAAUGAAGAUAAUGUCAGGACAAACAUCGACUUUUGAUAGAUAUUCACAAGCUCAAGUUCUCUGAUGAAAAAGAGGUCUGGGUAUAUUGUCUACCGGACAUACAUUGGUGUUUUGGUGGUGGUUUUUUUUUUGUUUUUUUUGGGUAGGCUAUGGUAUGUAGUUUAUGAUUCUCAUAACAUUUUUAGGGUAAUCUUUGGUUUGAUGCCAGGAUGUUUUUUUUAGUAAUAAAUAUUGCAUGAAUCGUUAUUUGAUGGAUUGAA